UCCUCCCUAAAUAGAAGUCCGAGCGCCAGCGACGAAUCAGUGAACAUCACACAACAGUUUAACAGCCAAACUUUCACCGACAUUUGAAUUUUUAAGGGCUUUUAAAUGGAGUGUGCACAGCGUCGGAGGAGACGCUGCCUUUUUUUAAGUGUCGCCGUUAUCAUUAUAAUUAUUGUCGUGGCCGUUGUGUUGGGACUGACGCUCCGUAAGGAAACAGACGGACUUAAGACAACAUUUAUUGCUAGGUGUGAGGCGUUCAAAGGGAAAAGAUACGACUGUCAAACUGUAUGGGGUGCAUUUGAACAAGCCUAUGUGGGGCAGGACCGUUGUAAAGUUCCCAUGGAAGCCUAUGACCCCCUCAUUGCAGCGGCCCCCUUCAAACAUGCAUGCAACAGAAUGAUGUUCUGGAGCAAAACAAAGUAUGUGGUCCAUGACUUCACUGAGAAGAAAGAUUGCUUUACCACCAUGCAGGACACUCUGUUGGGAUCUGUGCUGCAUAGUCUGAAGUGGUGUGGAAAAGAGGGCAGCAGUGAAACAUUCACUACCGGCUGCCCAGGAUGGACAGACUGUGAGAACAACCCUGUUCGCUCAUUCUGGCUCAAAGCCUCAGCUGCUUUUGCAGAUAAUGCCUGUGAUGAUGUCACAGCAAUGCUAAACGGAUCCAUCACCACACCGUUCAAUUCUUCGAGUAUUUUUGGGAGCAUCGAGGUGAAGCGGUUCAAAUCCCCUUCAGUAAAAAGCCUGACUGUUGUUCUGGUCACAGAGAAGAACUCUGUGACAAACUGCACAAAUGCAUCUUUAAAGGAUUUACAGAAAGAACUGGAUAAAGGAAUUAAAUAUAACUGCAAGGAAGUGACUGAAGCUCAGAUCCAGGAAUGCAGCUCUGAUCCAGAGAAACCCUGUAGUUCCUGUUGGUGAAGAUUCAGAUUAUACUGUCUGAAAAGAUGAGACACAACAAUAACCAGCUAUAAAAAUAUUCAUCUAGAGAUUGUUUUUAUUUUUGUUAAAUCUAUUAAACAGUAUAGAAUGUAAUUAUUUUUGUACCUGUGGGCCAGUAUGACUUAAUGUGAAAUAUGUCUUUUUAUAUAAAUGUCACUGAUUCAUUUUUACAAUGUGACAAUGCACCUUUGUAUCUUUUAGUGAAAAGGUUCAGGGUGUGAUGGAGAAGCCUUUUAUCAAGUGUAAAAGUGUUGGUUAGUUGUCAUGUACUGUAGAGUAAAAUACCUAAUCACGUUCCACUGAGGCUCUCACCUGUGGCAGAAUUUGUUUUAAUGUUUUUAAAUAAAAUGUUAAAAUAUGA